UUCUGACGAUCGGCCACUAUUUCCACAAACUGCUCGACAUUUUCUCCAAGAUUGUUGUUUUUUUCUAUUAAAUUAGGUAAUAGUACAUCACUUGUAUUCGGAAAAAAAGUGAGUUUUGGUAACCUGCAAUCUGGACAGUAAAGUGACUUCCAGAUUAAAAAAGAAAUAAUCAUGGAAAAGACAUUCAAAAGAUCAACUAGUAAGUAGAUAAUCCAGGCCCUUCUCACAAACUUCUCCAGCAUUGGCCCCAGCAUGACCUUAGGACUCUCCGCUGUGGCCAUACCAACGCUAAACACUACUCUAAGUCAAAACCAAGUGACAUGGCUUGCUAGCAUGGCGUCUUUGGCCGCACCAAUCGUCUGCUUCCUCUCUGGACCUAUAGCGGACAAAUUCGGAAGAAAAAUCUCCAUUUUCUGCAUCAACGUAACCUGCUUCAUCGGUUGGUUAGCCAUAUACAGCGCCUACGCAGCUGGAAGUAGCCAGUACUUGCUUCUCCUGCUCGAAGCUGAGAAAAAGUCUGGGUUGGAAUUAUUGGUGAUCGCUCGCAUAGUAGCGGUUCUAUACCCCCAUAAUUUGGAUCCCGAUUUAUUUAACCAACGGAUAUGGUCUCAACAAGACGGGGCACCACCACAUUUUGUUCAAAAUGUACGGACCUGUCUCAACGAAGUGUUUGAUAUAAAAAUUUACUAUUAAUACUACUACUAAUUAAAAUUAAUUCUGUACACUUUACACAAUCUACAGGGUCUUGAAACAUAAUAUUCUGUUGUUGUACUAGCUCAUCUUUAACAUCUAAAAACUGUAAUUAUUAUUUAACUAUUUAAAGCAUA